CCCAUUUCGGUGUCCGCCCGCGCCCUCCACUAUAGCCCGCCCGCACCCCGCCCCAACCCGCGGCUAUAGCCGCGGGCUCCUCGUAGUGGAUACCCGUUUAGGCCAUGUCUCCCUCCACCGUGAUGGAGUUUGGGCUGUGGGAACUGAGUGGCUAACUCGUGAGCUGUUGGAAUCGGCGAGGGAUGCGGAGUUCUUCGCGUGGUUGAAACGGUUAGGCGGAGACUCCACGAGUAUCCGGAACUCGCAUUUCAAGAGAACCGAACGAGUCAACUCAUUCGAACCGAGCUCGACUCGCUAGGUAUUCGCUAUGAGUGGCCUGUCGCUGAAACCGGCGUCGUCGCCACUAUUGGCUCCGGUGCUAGCCCCUGCUUCGCUCUUAGAGCUGACAUGGACGCCCUUUCUAUUCAGGAAUUAGUGGAAUGGGAGCACAAGAGCAAAAUUGAUGCCAAAAUGCACGCUUGUGGUCACGAUGCUCAUGUCACAAUGCUGCUCGGAGCAGGUAAAUUGUUGCAGAAAAACCACCGUAGAUUGAAGGUCACCAUUAAACUUGUUUUUCAACCUGGGAAAGAAGGUCAUGCUGGUGCCUACCAUAUGAGAGAGCAAGGUGCUUUAGACGGAGUUGAAGCCAUUUUUGGCUUACACGUUGAUCCGACUUUGCCAACUGGUGCUGUCAGCUCCAAACCUGGUCCAAUGCUUGCUGGGUCAGGCCGGUUUUCUGUUGUCAUUCGUGGGAAAGGUGGGCACGCAGCGAGUCCCCAUAACACUAGAGAUCCGAUUCUUGCUCUUUCUGUGGUGGUUCUUGCACUCCAACAUAUUGUUUCGCGGGAGACUGAUCCUCUCGAGCCAAGAGUGAUAGAAGCUCAAGCAGCAGUCCAUCAAUGUAGUGCUGUGCUUGAUUUCAUGGAGGAGAAGCUGAUACCGUACCCUGCAACAAUCAACGAUCCUGUUAUGUACACGCAUGCUAAAAGGGUCGGGGAGAGCUUGCUCGGGGAGCACGGUGUGCAGCUCAUACCGAUGAUAAUGGGAGCCGAGGACUUCAGCUUCUACGCAGAGAAGAAGAUACCUGCAGCAUUCUUCAUGAUUGAAGAGAGAAACGAAACCAUGAAGUCAAUCAAAGGCUUGCACUCGCCCCACUUCACAUUAGACGAGGGUGCUCUCUCUGUGGGUGACGGUAGAGGAGGAAAACACGAUGGUGAUAAAGAGCAACGGGAAGAGGAAGAGAGAGGAAGGGGAGGAGGAGGAAGGUUACAAGUAUAUACGGCUGGAGAGGAGGCCGCCGCAGAAGCUUACUAGGAAGUUCCGGCUGCCGGAUAAAUGCAACGUGUCGGCGAUCAGCGCAAUCCACCUUCAAAAUCAGCAUCAAACACCAUAUCCACAAAGGCACACAGUAAUCACACAGUGAGA